UUCAUUCUUCCCAUUCUAUUCCCAAAUCUCAACUUCACAACGACAACGUUUUGUAACAUAUCUACAAACAUGCUCUCCUCCUUGUCCUUUCCCGCGUCUCUCUCCGCCGCUAACCUCACCGGCAACGCCGUGGCUCCACCACCGUGCCGCGUGAGAUCCCGGCCAAUAGUCGCCUUUGCCACCGCCACUGCCACCGCAACCGCCGAUGCUCGUUCUACCUGGACGGAGCAACCGAGGCCUUCGUAUCUGAACUCCUCUUGCUCUUCUCUCUACGAUGUUCUAGGCAUCCCCGCCGGCGCCUCCAACCAGGAGAUCAAGGCGGCGUACCGGCGAAUGGCCAGGCUCUGCCACCCUGACGUGGUGGCGAUCGACCGGAAGAACACAUCAGCGGACGAUUUCAUGAAGAUCCACGCCGCGUACUCUACCCUGUCAGAUCCAGACAAGCGUGCCAAUUACGACCGGAGCCUCUUCCGGCGACAACGGCCGUUGUCGACGGCGUCGAUGUUUUCCGGCUAUACGAGUCGGAACUGGGAAACGGACCAGUGCUGGUAGUGAAAGCCUCUUGGCUUAAUUAGAGUCUAGAAACGAGAGAAGGCGCAGUUAUUGAAGCGCCUUGCCUUGCC